CUAUUUUAAGUAUUGUGUAUACCGAGACUAAUCAUUGGAUCGACCGUGUUCAUCAUUGAUUUGUAUAUUUUCAAAGUCAACAAUGCAAACAGCGACACUAAUAAAGAAUAGUCCUCUUUUGUACCAAAGGCAUAUUGACAAGAUAAUAAGGCGCUUUAGAUACAAAAAGAAAUGGGCCUUGAACCUUAAAGAAAAAACACCUUCAGAAUUGGCUUUGGCACAUUUUGAUGCAUUUUACAGACCUGUGUUUGGACCCCUUUGGCCGUCCAUACGUAUUUCUCUUCUCUCACUUCCAAAAUACUGUGCUCUAGUCAAUAAUUCGGCUACACCUUCAGAUUCAUGUAAACAGCUGGAGAAACUUGGGGCAUUUAACAUUUUGAGAAGUGCAAGCCAACUGCCACCAAGAACAUCUCAUGGCAACAAGUAUGAAUAUCUCGAUGCAUACAUUCACCCCGAUCCCAGUGCACCUAGACGUUUUUCAGAUGACCAUCAUGAAGGUUACUCUAGCCAACCAGAUGUCGAUGAACCAUUUGACUUGAAUCCCAACACAAACCUGCAUGAAUUCAUGCCAGUGGAAAAGGUGUAUUCAUCUCAAGAACUCCAGACACAGGAGAUAGUGAAGCAGAGUGUCUUUGAGCCCAGAGACAUUGGUGUGAAAGUGACUUCACGUAAAGAGAUUACGGUACCAGAGCAGCUGAUGGUGUAUGCCUUUCCAAAAGGAAAUGUGUCAGAUUUUCCAGCACCAAAACCAAAUGACUGUCGGUUGUUAGGUUAUUACCUUCUUGAUGCAGCCUCGAUACUGCCUGUUAUUGCUCUUAACCUUCGACCUGGUGAUGUUGUCCUUGACCUGUGUGCAGCUCCUGGAGGAAAAACACUUGCCAUCCUCCAGACAAUGCUCACAGACAACAUCACAAGCAAUGAUUUAUCUGGAUCUCGACUAAAACGACUCCGUGAAAUUCUUCGUUGGUAUUGCCCAGAAAGAAAUGUGACACUUUCUCAAGAUGAUGGAUUCCGAUUUAGGAAGCCUGACUAUAAUAAGGUUUUGGUUGAUGUGCCAUGCAAUACUGACCGUCAUGUGCUGAAUGAGGAGGAUAAUAAUCUUUUCAAACCAUCUAGAACAAACGAGCGCCUGGAGAUGACCAAGAAACAGAAAGACUUGCUUGUAUCUGGGAUUUUAUCCUGCAGACCUGGUGGAAGUGUUGUAUAUUCCACCUGCACCCUGUCGCCUGCCCAGAAUGAUGGCAUCAUACAGGCAGCGUGCGAAGAGAUCUGGGAAAACACACAGAUAGACAUUGAAGUGGAGGAUCUGGCUUACUUCAGACAGACAUUUGGCAGGACUUUCUCAUUCUAUGACCAGUGUCGUUACGGACAACUGGUCUUGCCAAAACUUUCAUCUAACUUUGGACCAGCUUAUUUUUGCAAAAUAAACAGACUUAAUUAAAACUGAGAAACACAAUCCAUGUAUGAAGCAAAUGAGAAGAAAAUUAAGUAAAGUGAUCUAAUCAUGAAAAAA